AUGACCAGUGAAAUGGAUAUCAUCAACGAUUUACCGACGGAGCUGCUCUGCCAGGUGUUCGAUCAUUUUAGUCAUAUCGAGCAGAACAUCGUCAUGAGAACCUGCGCCCGAUGGUUUGAAAUACUGACGGGCGAUCGUUACAUCCGUCGUCGUCGGCUCUGUCUCUGUGCGUACAAUUUAUGCAGAGAAGGUGAUAACAUGGAGGAAAUGCAGCGUUACCGAGCAUUUACCGUCAACUCGCUGGUUACAAAUCGAAACAAGAACGUUUUUCUCGAGCCACUGCGUAGAUUUCUUUUCAAUGGAAAUAUGGCGGAGCAGCUGGAAGAGCUACGCUUAACCCAGUUUCGGCAUUCGUUAGCGCAGUUGUUUACCAGUGAUAGUGAGCUACUGCUGCCAAAUUUGAAAAAGAUUAGCUUUCAAUAUCUGAAGGGCGACAAUAGUGAACAGGAUGGUCAUAGCGUAAAAUUAGUAGCACCGAAACUGCGUAUAAUGAAACUCGAGCUUUGGAGCCCGGCGAUCGCUCCGAUGGUGCGGCGAUUCAGUGGACAGAUUGAAGAUCUGAGCAUAACCUUCCAGCACCUACAGUGCUUCAGUCCAUCGAUCGAUACUUUGUCGUUUGAAAAUCUGCGAAGUUUAACUCUAAACGCCGAGCCAGAGCAUUCCUUCCUGGAAUCCACAUUCAAUGCACAGCACGUGCAACUGUUCAGCAGAUUGACAUAUUUGAAACUGACAGAUACAGGCGAUGCUUUCUAUCCAGUCUACAAGAACAUUUUUCAGGCAGCCUGUAAUCUUGAGACUCUCAUUAUUUAUGGUCAGGACAUCAGCGAGGAUGCAUUCAAUGUGCUAGGUAGUUUGGAAAAACUGAAAGAACUUCAGUUGAUGAUCCAUAUUGAAAAAACGGACUCCGUCCGAAAACUUUCGUUUCCCAAGUUGACAAGGUUGAAGACAUUCGUUGGAUCGUUGAUUCCACUGGAAAACGUCCCGCAAUUACGAAUUCUAACCGUCGCAAAUCAUACUCCGUUCCGAAUGAGGUUCCUGUUCAGCGAUGCAGAAAAGCUUAUGACUUUUUUCGGAGCGUUCCGUCAGCAAUUGGAGGUACUAAAGCUGGACAAGAUAAGUACGCUGUACAAUACUUUUGCCAAGCAGAUUUGUACACUGACCAAACUGAAAAUGUUGGAAAUGAUCGAUGUUGAAACGGAACAGCAAGAUAUCGAAUGGAUUGUCGGUUCCCUAAAGCAGUUACAACGGGCACACUUCAUACGGUGCAAUAUUUUGAAGAAAGCUGUCGAGGAGCAAAAUGAUGAUUGUUUCCACGCACUCAGACAACGCAACGUAGACUGCGAGAUAGCCUAUGAAGCGUGCUUCCGAUAG